GGGCUCUGGGUGCGGAGGCCACACCUUUCAUUCCAGCGCUGCGCGGGCCUGGACGGGAUGAGUCACGACUGGCUGGCUCUGCUGUGCACCUUCUGUAGGUGAGGGACCCAGACCUCUCUGGGGAAAAACUGCGGCGCUUGCUCAUCCCGGCCUUGGCUUUGGCUGGCUGCGAGAGCCCUGGGUUUGCCGGGUCUGGCCUCUGGGGCCACGGGCUGGCUUUCCCUGAUGUAUGGCAACAGCCCUGCGCGAGUGCUUCCACUCCUCUUGGGUUUACAGCUCACAGCCCUUUGUCCUACAGCCUCUGUGGAAAUUUACACCUCCGGGGCCCUGGAGGCAGUCAACGGGACAGACGUGCGGUUAAAAUGCACUUUCUCCAGCUUUGCCCCUGUGGGGGAUGCACUAACUGUGACGUGGAAUUUCCGGCCUCGAGAUGGGGGGCGUGAGCAGUUUGUAUUCUACUACCACAUGGAUCCCUUUAGACCCAUGAGUGGACGGUUCAAGGACCGGGUGGUGUGGGACGGGAACCCCGAGCGCUACGAUGCUUCCAUUGUGCUCUGGAAGCUGCAGUUUGAUGACAACGGGACAUAUACCUGCCAGGUGAAGAAUCCACCUGACGUUGAUGGUCUGGUAGGGACGAUCCGGCUCAGCGUUGUGCACACCGUGUCCUUCUCUGAGAUCUACUUCCUGGCUGUGGCCAUUGGCUCUGCAUGCGCACUGAUGAUCAUAAUAGUAAUCGUGGUGGUCCUCUUCCAGCACUUCCGGAAAAAACGAUGGGCCAAAAGGGCCGAUAACGCUGAGGGGAUAAAAUCAAAAGAAGAGGAAAAGCUCAACCAAGGGAACAAGGUCUCUGUUUAUUUGGAAGAGACAGACUAACACUGUGAGGAAGCUGAGGACUUUUGAGGACAACAUUAGUCUCUCUUGAAGUCAAUGGAAACUUUUCCAGUGAUGACUGUCACCCUACAGGUUCUGCAGCACAAACCUGCCUAGAUGAGCAACGCCCCUGCCUGGCAGCUUAGGGCUCUACCUGAGCCGAUGCCACCAGACUCAUGCUUACCUUCAUUGCUAGGGUUUGAUCUCAUUCCAGAGCGCGCAUGGGUGUUAACUUUUGUAAACUGAGAGGUUACAUUUUUGCCCUUCCAUAUUCCUUAUGGAGUGUGAUUCCUGUAUUCAUGUGUAUAUUGGCAUCUGAAGGGUGAAAAGCCAGCUAGCUUGUCUGCCAGGACAUUUCUUCUCACAUUUUAGUUUCUUUAGAACAGCACAGGGGUGUGCUAAGGGGUCUGGAAAGAUGGCUCAACAUGUAAAAGCACUUGCUGCUCUUAUAGAAGACCCCAGUUCAGUUCCCAGCACCCACAAUGUAGCUCACAGCCAUCAGUAACUCCAGUUCUAGGGGAUGUGACACCCUCUUCUGGUGUCUGCAGUCACUCCAUACAUGAAGGGAAGAGCCCCAUAUGUAAAAUGAAAAUAAAUCAUACAAAGGUGAGCUAAACCUCCCAG